UUCUUCCCCUCUUUUAAAAAAAUUUCGUUUCUUCUUCCGCAAGAUGAUCGUUCAUUGAUCAAUCCGUAAUAAUCAAAUCACGAAAAUUCGAAUCGACCUUCCUCAAAAUCUCGGCGCUGCUUUCUUUAAUAGAAAAAAAAAAAUGAACGCGGUGGGAAGGAUCGGGAGCUACAUCUACCGAGGCGUAGGCACGGUCUCAAGCCCGUUCCACCCCUUCGGCGGCGCGAUCGACAUCAUCGUCGUCCAACAACCCGACGGCACAUUCAAAUCCUCCCCUUGGUACGUCCGAUUCGGCAAAUUCCAAGGGGUUUUGAAGAACAAACGCAACCUCAUCAAGAUCGAGGUCAAUGGCCUCGAAUCGGAUUUCAACAUGUACUUGGCUCACACUGGCCAAGCCUAUUUCCUCCACGAUCUCGCGGUGGGAGAUUCCGAGUCCACCUCUGCUGAGGUUUAUAAUUUAUCCUCCGGUGAUGAAGCGGAUGAGGUUGAUGAUGAUGAGGAGGAUGAUAAGGUUAAAUUGCCGUUGAAGUCUAAGAGUUGUAAUGGUUAUGAGACUUCUCAGGCUCCUAAGGCGGGGAUUCUAGGGUUUGUGUUUGGGGGGAGGUCGGUUAGGGAGAGUAAGGUGGAGGAUGAGAAGUUGGUGGAUAGUGAUUUGAUUUUGGAGACGCCUCUUGUUGCGUCUCCUACGUUGCGGUAUUUGGAUGAGAAGGAGCAGGAUUUUCGUGAGAGUAAUAAUGUGGAUGAGUAUUGUGAUGAGGAGGAGGAGAAUAGUGCUAUUGUUGUUGAGAAUGGUUCGAGUAGUAGUGCUGUGUUCUCUGUUACUAGUGAAGGGAGUUUGGAAUCAGCCGAGGCUUUAGCACAGGGUUCUAAGCAGGAAAUGACAAGUGUUCCUGAAACUGUGGAGGAUGUAGCGUUGAGUUUAGCUGACCAAGUGGAUUUGUGGAGCAUUGGGACUUCUCAAGAAGGGAGCAGUUCUGGCUCUCUUGUUCAAGAUGAGAGUAAAGUCACCAUGGGAGAUGGUUUUGAAAAGUCUCAGUCACCACCAGAGAUGGAGGAACAAUUUUCCUUUAGUGAUCUUGACGAUUGUAAACCUGCUGGGAGUAGUUCUGGAGGGUCAAAUUCUCCUCAUACGGUAAAAGUUGAUUCUCCUCAUACCGUAAAAGUUGGUUCUCCUCAUACUGUAAAAGGUGGUUCUCUUCAUACAGUAAAAGUUGGUGGGGAAGAGAUUAGUCCUGACAAUGGCGUGGAAGACACAAAGGUCUUGUCAGAGCCGGUUGGCAUAGAGAGGGGAAAUGGUAUUUCUGGAGGAGAGGUUGAGCGGUUGGUUGAGUCGUUACCGAUUAUGCGGCUUCAGAGUAAUGAUGAUGUGGAUGUCAGUUCUUGUAAGCCUAUGAGCCAGUCAUUUGACCCAUGUUCCGAUACUUCCAAGUGGGAAUUGAGAGAAGAUGAGUCUUACUCGAGGGGUUUAGAUGCAGAAAGCGUUGCUGAGAGUAGCCCAAACUUAAAGGUUUUCACACAUGUUAUUGCUAAUCCUGAAAUGGUCGAGCUCUCUUUCUGCAAGCACUUAUUACGUGAAGAAAUGGGAGCAGAAGCGGCUUCUCAGGCCUUCAAUUCUGAAAAAUUGGAUAUGGAAACGUUUGCUUCUUUGGGCCCAUCAGUGUUAGAGAAUGAUAAGCUUAUAUUGAAGAUUGGUGGAUGCUAUUUUCCAUGGGAAGCAGCAGCUCCUAUUAUCUUGGGAGUUGUUUCAUUUGGGACUGCCAAAGUAUUUGAGCCCAAGGGGAUGAUAGCUGUUGAACGGAAUGAGAAACCUGGCGAUGUAGCUCCGGAGGGUGGAAGCUGGUGGCCUUUCUCUCGUAGAAGAUCAAGGAACGAUAGUGAAAGUUCUUCUAAGGACGCUGGUGAACCUGAGGAGAAACAACAAGAGAAGCCGCUGCCAAGACCAGUGAAAAAGAUGGUCAGGGCAUUAGCUCCAACUUCUGAACAGUUGGCUUCGCUAGACUUGAAAGAAGGAAUGAAUACUGUGAAUUUCACGUUCUCCACCAAUAUUGUAGACGCGAGGAUUUACUUAUGGAAAUGGAACGCUCGGAUAGUUAUUUCAGAUGUAGAUGGUACCAUAACAAGAUCUGAUGUCUUAGGACAGUUUAUGCCUUUGGUUGGAAUUGAUUGGUCGCAAACAGGUGUUACACAUUUGUUUUCUGCUGUUAAGGAAAACGGAUAUCAGUUGAUGUUUUUAAGUGCACGAGCGAUUUCUCAGGCCUCACUCACAAGACAGUUUCUAAUUAAUCUCAAGCAGGAUGGGAAAGCAUUGCCGGAUGGGCCUGUUGUUAUUUCUCCUGAUGGCGUCUUUCCUUCUUUGUAUCGGGAAGUAAUUAGAAGAGCACCUCAUGAAUUCAAGAUUUCUUGCUUGUCGGAGAUACGAGGAUUGUUUCCUCCUGAACACAACCCAUUCUAUGCUGGUUUUGGAAACAGAGACACGGAUGAGAUAAGCUACCUUGAAGUCGGGAUCCCCCGGGGAAAGAUCUUCACUAUUAACCCCAAGGGCCAAGUAGCUGUAAAUCGUAGGGUGGAUACAAGGUCAUAUACAAAUCUUCAUGCUCUUGUCAAUGGAAUGUUCCCUGCUACAACAACCUCCUCAGAACGGGAGGAUUUUAACACAUGGAAUUUCUGGAAACUGCCUCCUCCACCAUUUAUGUGA